AUGGGAAGCACCAUGGAAUCACGUAUGACAACAAUGGAAAAGUGGACCAGGGAGCAUGAAACAGUCUUUCUUGGAAUGCAAACAGAUAUGGAACAAUUGAAGGAUGACAUGGCAGAAUUGAGAAGUGCAAUGCAAGAAUUGAUCAUAGCAACAAAAAGAAAGACCCAAGAAUCGUCCGAGAGCUCAGAAUCGGAUAAGAGUGUGAAGAAUUCCGAGCAAGAAUCAGAAGAGGAAGAAAAUCCAGCCUCACGUUGGUGGUUAAAGAAAGUGGAAUUACCCACUUUUGAAGGAAUCGAUCCCUUUGGUUGGUUGAAUAGAGCUGGAAAGUUCUUUACGAUUCAGAAAAUAAAAACCGAAGAAAGAUUAAAUCUUGCGCAUAUUAGCAUGGAGGGUGACGCCUUGCAUUGGUUCCAGUUCUGGUUAGACAAAAACAAGAACGCGGCUUGGAAAGGAUUCUCCGAGGCAAUUUUACGUCGUUUUGGAGGGGAGCAUCGCAGGUCUGUCUUCGAAUAUCUUGCGGGUUUGAAACAGCGUGGAAGUAUGGAUGAAUUCAUUUACGAGUUUGAGUUACUCAUAGCGCGAGUGAAAUUGGUUCCCGAAGUACAACUGAUGGGUUAUUUCAUGAAUGGGUUGCGCAAAGAGCUUCGCGGCCUUGUUCGACCCCAUCACCCGAGAACUCUAGUUCGAGCGAUGGAGAUGGCAAGAGACGUGGAAAAGUAG